UCAUUUAAAGUUUAUUUGAUUUCGACUUCCACAGCAGUUUGGUUUAAGUCACGAACUAGUUUAAAAAAGAUCGUGCAAUCAAAGGUGGUAAGAAUAUUUUCUUUUGCAUUUAGAUCCAGGCAUUUAGACUUUCAUCUCUUGAUUUAUCACCUAAUUCUGUAAAGGAAACGAAAAUAUUUCUACAGAUAGCCGACUUAAUUUUCUUGAAAGUUGCUUUUAAUAUGCAAACCUUUAUUGAUUGACCUUAUGAUCUUGGUUAAUGCAACCUGCAACUCGUCGUCUUCUCGACACUUGCUUCUUUUAUUCAGCUUGAAUCUAUCUAACAAGAGUAAAUUCUUUAUCAUUAUCCCGCUUAAUGGUUUGUCAUUGUCCUCGAGGUUCUCAACAAGUAAAUAUCUCAUGGCUUUUUUGAAAGAUCAAAGCAUGAGGGAUACAAAUUACAUUUGUUUCUGAAUCUGAAUCCUUUUACAGUCCUAUGGCUCUAUUUUGUCUGUUUUAUCUUGAUUUCUCCAACCAUCGUUAACUUAUCCUCAUCAACUAAGUAUGCCACGUUUCUGGAAGCAUAACGAGAAACAAAAUAUACCAAUACAUGGUCUUUUAUCGGAAUUUAAUUUUGACUUAUUCUGACAGUCAAGACUAAAAGGUCAAAUCAAUAUCCCACAUUAAGCAAAAAUGAAAGCAAUUAUUCUAUAAAUCUUCAUAGCGAUUCUGGUUCAAAAGUAUGUUCUUGCCGCGUUCAUAUUUCUUAGUAUGAUCAGUGACACUGGGCGGUAUAGAAGGAUGUGAGGAAAAAAUAUAUGUUCCUUAGAUGAGCUAUCAAGCUGGGUUUAUUACUUACACUGAGACUAAGUGAAAUUUAAAUGUGAAAUACCAUCGAUUUGAUAUGAUCAUAUUUCUUUAUUAUAUGAAACUGCUAUUCCUGUCAGCUUCCAUCAAUUGGCAUAGAGAAAAUGCUACUCCUAUGAUUUGCUUCUAUUGAAAGUAGAGGCAUUCAAAUCCAUAUUUUUGUAGCAUCCUUGUAUUUAGUUUAGCAUCAGAACAUUAAAAAAGCAACACAACAACAUUGUUUCGUUAAGCACAAAAGUUAUGUCUGAUGCAUCCUUAGAAAUGUCUUUCUCAUACUGUAACGUUCUUUUCAGAUCUCAGGUGUACAAGCCACCUGCACUAUGACACAAGCGGACAAACUGAACACAUCUACUGUAAUCCUGUCAUCCUUUCUUGAUGCUUUCAAAUCUUCACAAGGUGUUCUGCCCCCGAAUGGACAACCAACAAGCCACCAGAAAGCACUCUUCCUUUGCUGGUGUUCAGCUGUUUUUGUUUGGCUGAUGAGAACCCUCACCAAGCAUCUGGUCCCCAGUAGAUUUCACCUUCUUGAUCCGGGAGUACCAUCUUCACCAACAUCAACAUCAACCCGUACCUUGCUGGAAACCGUUGAAGAUGGAGGCACAAUGCCAAACACAACUUCAGCUCCGAAUGUUGCGCAAAGACGAAGAGAGAAUGUCGUCGGGUUUGAUUCGUUCUUGCAUGCCGUUAUCAUUCUAGGCCUAAUCAUGUACUACUUCUACAUUUGUGAUUACGUGCAUCUUUUACCCAAGGCCAGCAGGACUUAUUCUAGGGAUUUGUUUAUUCUAUUUGUUAUAUUGCUGUUUGUUGUUUCUGGUGGCCUAACAGGCAGAGAGUGCAAUGGCAAGCUGCUAAACAGGGACCAAACGGAAGAAUGGAAAGGCUGGAUGCAGGUCAUGUUUGUUUGGUAUCACUACUUCAAGGCAGCAGAGAUUUACAAUGCGAUACGUCUGUUCAUUGCAGCUUAUGUCUGGAUGACUGGUUUUGGAAAUUUCUCGUUCUUCUGGGUUCGCCGAGAUUACUCACUGCAUCGAGUUCUCAAGAUGUUGUUCAGAUUGAAUUUUCUGGUGGUUGUCGUAACCGUCGUAACAAAUAACCAGUACAUGCUUUACUACAUUUGUGCUAUGCAUACCUUCUGGUUCUUCUCAGUUUACGCCAUGAUGCGACCGUACGAGCACUUGAAUGAAAAUCGUAAAGUGAUGUUUCUGAAAAUGUCAAUUUAUGCUGGAGUGGUUUUUAUAAUCUACGACCUAAGAGCUGCCGAUAUAGUUUUUACGCCAUUCAAAUUUAUCCUUGGAUACAACGGAAAUUUGCAUGAAUGGAACUUUCGCAGUGGGUUGGAUCACUACGCUACUUUUUUCGGCAUGAUAUGCGCGUACAAUCACCCAUACUUCGAACGGCUGCUCAAAUAUGUAGAGCUAGAUUCAUUUAGCUCGAAGCAAAGGCUAGUAAAGAAUUCAAUCAGAAUUGGAAUAGGAGCAGCUCUAAUAUUCAUGAUAGCGUUAUGGUACACGUACGUUUACACGCUUGGGAAAUACGACUACAACAAACUGCACCCAUACACAUCGAUCCUGCCCAUUAUUACUUAUAUAUACUUUCGCAAUAUUUUCCCCAGACUUCGAUCUAAAUAUGCUUAUAUGCUCUCUUGGCUGGGCAAGAUCACUUUGGAGACGUAUAUCGCCCAGUUGCACGUAUACAUGCAGGGCAAUGCCAAGCAGCUAAUUGUUUACAUUCAGGACUACCCGUUACUCAAUUUUCUUCUGGCAACCAUUAUUUACUUGGUUUUGUCGUACGUACUCUUUGAUGUGACAGGAACUUUCAGUGCGUACCUCCUUCCAAAAGACAUGUUCUUGCUGAUAAAGAAAGUUGGAUUCAUAGCCAUUUGGAUGGCAGCAGCAUAUGUUAUUGUAAUUGUUACAUCACCACAACAGGUUCUAGAAGUCUUUAGGAUUGCUAAUUAAACCAAACUUGUAGAAAAUUAAUUAAUUCGAUAAAUAUUUCCGCUCACAAAGAUGGGCUUGGCAAUAUGCUGAGUUUGGUCGAUCAACAUUUUUCAGUUUCACGCUGUUUCAGUUUCCAAUUUUGAUUGUUUGAAUUUUUACUACGAUAAACAGAUACAUGUAUUUAAUUUGUUAAAGGAUAAUGUUUUAAGAUAAACUUUUGAAUCUUUUAGUGAAAACACUUCAAGUAUUUAGUAUUUCGUUACAGCUUCCCUUUACAACGGUUAAUGUCAAGCUUAAAUACGUAUUCCAAAUUAAGCGAGGCUGUGUACUUUGAAGAUUAAUCAAUAGCAUACCCAGCUUCCCAGGAUUAUUCACAACUUCUUCCAUUUCUACGUAAACCAUAGCACAGUUUCUACGACGCUUACGAAUGCUGGUUUGCUAUGAAUGUCUCACGCUUUACAAAGAUACUGGAAAACUGCUUUAAACUUUUCGAUGCCCUGUUUUUGCCAGUCUUUUUUAAUUUUUCCUCGAUGCUCUUUUAGUAAUCUUGUCUCUUGAUUUUCUCUACACCUAUGUACACAAUUAGCUGAAGUUUCUUUCUGUUAAUUAUCCAAUCAUUGUACUAAAUGUACUAAAAUGCGUGCGGUACAAUAUGAUAUUAUUUAUAUAUACAUAUACAUAAAUUCUGUAUUUGCGUAUAUGUUUAUAUAUAUUUAUUUUUAUUAGCUCUUUCCGUAUAUUUUUUUCCAUGCUCUUAUAUCCGUCUUCCUAUUCCAUUUGUCGAAUUCCAUAUUCCUUUAACAUUUUUUAGUUUUAUCAUCGCUUUUCAAUCUUACUUGAUAACGGGCUAUGCUCGAAACGUCGUUAAUUAUUUUAGAAAACGUUUUUCUUGGUACAAUUUACUUACAUUGAUCGUUAUUUGAAUUGUACUAAAUGCCUGAUUUAACAUUAAUUUUGGCAUUUUCCUAAAACUGUUUGUCCUAAAUUCUACUGUUGGGUUUUUCGAAAACUUUUCUGUCUGAAAAUACUUGGUUUUAUGUUGGUAUGUGGAAAAUAAAUGAAACCAAGAAAUUUGAUAAAAUACUACAAAUUCCCACAAAAUGUGAUAAAUAAAAAUCAUGCAUUGACUUAUAUUUUGUAGAAAGGUGAAAUUGCAUCUAGUGUAACAGCCUAAUUUAAAAAAUCUAGCUUGAAUUCUGCUUUGAGUGACGUUUUAUGCACGGGAAUAGUUUUGAUAAUAAGUACAACAAAUGAUCAUACAAUAAUCAUAAAAUGUAUAAUUUCUUAUAUCAAUCGAAUCUCGACAAGCA